CAAGCACGACGACCGUCGACAGCCCUCAUCGUCAUCAACAUCCAUCAUUUGCCAACCCGGUUUUUGUGAGGACACUUUAUUGUAUCGAAACAUGGCUCGCUUGCAUCGAGUCUCAAUAUACUCCACCAUCCUUAUUUCAAUCUAUCUACUGGUGUUGUUCGAGAUCCUACCCAUACCACUCAUUGACGCUGGUGUAGCACAAGAAAUUCUUCCCGUCAUUCCCUGGUGGCUUUUGGUAUCAUUCGGAUCGUAUUCCCUCUGGAGUCUCGGCUGGGGGGUGUUUACAUUCCGUGACUGCCCCGAAGCCUAUCACGAGUUGUUGCAGGAGAUCAACGAAGCCAAAAACGAUCUCCGAAGUCGGGCUGUUACCGUCGAUUGAGACACCUUGCAGAUAUUAAUGCCUGCGACAUCAGGUGUCGGCUGAAGUGACCUACCGAUCAUGCGCUUAAGCUCUGAGGGAUUAACUUCCUCUCGCCCAAGGCGCUCUCGUACCUCCUUCAGUAUACCAGGCUGUGCCUUCUCUGUCUCAGUACGUCCGUCUCUUCGUGUUGGAUU